UCAGGUGCAUCUGAACAAUUUAACUGCAUCGAUACCCACUGCUACAAACAUGGCUGUCUCAGUGCCACGGCUGACAAUUGUUUGGGGACUGCUUGUCUUAAUCCUGACUUGCCAAGCCGAGGAUUUAUGGAAUGUGAUGAUAAAGAAGAAGAUAAACAAGAAGAAGAACAUUCAUCAAAGUGACUUCAACCAGGACAUACCUGCAUGGCUCCAGAAUAAGGCAAGGGCAGCUGAAUCCUGCUUUUCCAGUUCUUUUGUUUCACAAAUCCUCCAGGACAGAGGCCUCAAAGCAGCUCCCAGCAAGUUCUCAGGAUUCAGGUCCUGGCUUCAACCAAAGACAGCUUCUUUUGAACAUCCUGACUUUGCAUUUUUGCUUCUAGGAGUCAAAAUAAAUGUGUCCUCUUUGGGGACACAUAUCCUACUUCAUUAAGAUUUUUGUUGGUGGAAGUAAUUUUUCCUGAAGCAUGUUUAAAGUUUUUAAUGAUGCAAAAAAUAUGAAAUAUAUAAAAAUUAUUAUUAUCCAGAAUAACUGAAGAACAUAUCAAAUUAAGAAAACUAAAUUUCAGAUAACAUAAGGCCAAAGUCACAGAACCAGUAAACAACAGAAAGAAGAUUUGAACCUGACUCCAAAGAAAAACCCAUUAACCCCUAAAAAUGCAUGAGGUUUCAGAGUUAAAAGUUUCAUAAAUCCUUUUUGGAAAAGUCUUUCAAAAAAUCUGAGCCUACACUCCUGGGCUAGUAAAAACCGACCUAUAAAAAAAAAAAUUAACAAGGUAUUGCUGUUCCACAGUUUUUAUUAUUCUCAUAGAAUAGCAGAGUGCCCUUGAAGACAUUUGAAAAUGGUGGAUGGAAGAGUCCUUGACAAGUCUAGUGCAGUUCUUUCAUUUCUUCUACCACUUGUUACACAGAUGUGGGUCCUCAGUGGCAAUUGGUGUGGUUCUUGCCCACUUGGUCAUAAAGGAUUGAACCAUUGUCAAACCUGACCCAGCUGAGCCAAGAAGAUUCUCCCAGAAUUAUUUAAUGUGGACAGUAAGACAAGACUGAAAUCAUAAAGCACAAUGACAAUUAUGGUAGCACUCUAGUCUAGAUGGGAGGGAAGCUCAAGAGGGAGGGGAUAUGGGGAUAUAUGUAUACUUAUAGCUGAUUCACAUUGUUGUACGACAGAAACUAACACAACAUUGUAAAGUAAUUACACUAAAAUAAAGAUAUUUUAAAAAAAAAACUAUGUGCUUCUGUCCUGGAUUCCUGUUCUUCCCAAGCACUUUGACUCUGAAAGCAA